AUGAGCUUCCAGGCCCCACCCACGCUCUUGCAGCUAGCAGUGCAGAGCCUGCUGAGGGAUGAGGCCUUGGCCAUCUCUGCUCUGGAAGAGCUACCCAUGGAGCUCUUCCCACCACUGUUCAAGGCAGCCUUCAUGAAUGGAAGAUCUAACAUUCUGAGAGCGAUGGUGCAGACCUGGCCCUUCCCCUGUCUCCCACUGGGGGGCCUGAUGAAGAUGAAGGCACCCUACCUGGAGAUCUUACGAACCAUACUGGAUGGGAUUGAUACACUGCUUGACCAGAAGAUUCACCCCAGGGGUUACAAGCUGCAAGUUCUGGAUUUGCGGACUUUGCACAAGGACUUCUGGAACGUAUGGGCAGGAGAGUCUUGCUCUCCAGAGGUCAAGUGUAAGAAAAAAACACAAAAGAGGGAUCCAGGGAUAGUGGCCAAGCAGUCCUUGAAGGUGGUUAUAGACCUGUGCCUCAAGCCAAGCGCCUUGGAUGAAUGCCUGUCCUACAUCUUCCUGUGGGUGGAAGGGAGGAAGGGCGUGCUGCAUCUGGCCUGUAAGAGGCUAAAGAUCUCCACAGUAGCUAUCCAGACCAUUGUGAAUGUUCUGGAAAUGCUGGACCUGGACUGCGUGGAGGAAGUGGGGGUGUGCUGUGCCUGGAAGCUGUCCACUCUGGCCAUGUUCGCUCCUUACCUGGGCCGAAUGAAAAAUCUUCGCAAGUUCCUUCUCUCUCACAUCUGCGUGUCUACCUCCAUUUCCCCCGAGGAGGAGGAGUGGCUGGUCAGCCAGUUCACCUCUCAGUUUCUCAACCUGCACUGCCUCCAGUUGCUCUCCAUGGACUCUGUCUCCUUCCUCAAUGGGAAAAUGGACCAGGUGCUCAGCUGCCUGGAGGGCCCCCUGAAGACCCUGUCUAUCACCGACUCCGAGCUUUCAGAACCAGACUUGAAGUCCCUGUCCCAGUGUCGAGGCAUCCGACAGCUCAAGCACCUGAACCUGAGUGGUGUCGCACUGACCGACAUAAGUCCUGAGCAUCUGCGAGUCCUGCUCGAGCGGGUUUCAGCCACCCUGAAGACCCUGGACUUGGAGAACUGUAUGAUUGUAGACUCCCAGCUCAGUGCCUUCUUGCCUGCCCUGAGCAGCUGCUCCCAGCUCACCACAUUCAACUACUUAAGGAAUCCCAUCUCGGUGGCUGUUCUGGAGCACCUGCUCUGCCACACCGCCAGGCUGAGCUGCUUAAGCCUGGAGAUGUAUUCUACCCCCUGGGAGAUUUAUGGUGCCCAGGGUGCGGCCCACUACAAGAGGCUGGAACAGCUUCGGGAGGAGCUGAGCAAAUCAAUGAUGCCACUAGAACACCCCAAGACGGUCUGGUUCAGCAUUAUUCCCUGUCCACCUUGUGGCAACCAGGCCAUAUAA